AUGGACGCUUUGACCACUACUCUUUGCAGGUCUAUCGAAGCUUUAGGGCGUGGUUUUGAUGUCACCGCCGAUAUUCGUCUUCUUUACUGCAAGGGAACACCAGGGUCGAGGCUGGUUCACCUCAAUGAUACUCACACCAGGGAUCUUCUUCUCUCUGAUGGGCUUGUGGUUCCCAAUGUGCCUGAUGAUGUUCAGUGUUCUUCAGAAUCCAGGGUAACCGAAAACGUCCCUGUAUGCAGCUUCCACAAGAUCACAGUUGGCCGUAAACCUGUAACUGGUCUUAGGCUCAACCUUGAAGGCAGCAAGCAGAAUCGACUUGCUAUCCAUCUCCAACAUCUGGUGUCUCUGCCAAAAAUUCUCCAAACCCAUUGCGACUCACAUGUUGCCAUAGGUGCCCUUAAAUGGCAUGGCCCUGAGGAGCAGGACAGCAGGUGGUUUGAACCCAUCAAGUGGAAGAACUUCUCACAUGUAAGCACAGCGCCCAUAGAGUAUACAGAAGCCAACAUUGGAGACUUGUCUGGUGUUCAUAUCGUAACUGGAGCGCAGCUCGGUGUUUGGGACUUCGGUGCCAAAAAUGUACUAUAUUUAAAACCUCUCUUCUCGAAGGUACCUGGCUGCACGAUUCGGCAAUCAGUCUGGGAUCAUAGCCCUUCCACCCCUGCUACUCCAAUGAGAUCUGAUGGUGCCUCAUCAUCUUCCAAAACAAGAACUUCCCAAGAUAAUAAAAAGGAAGACAGUUCAGCCAAUGCUGGAAAACUUGCAAAAGUUGUAGACUUGACUGAAAUGUCCAAGGGACCACAGGAUAUUCCAGGUCAUUGGUUGGUUACAGGGGCUAAGCUCGGGGUCGACAAGGGAAGGAUAGUUUUGCGCAUCAAGUACUUGUUGCUAAACUACUGAUUGGUCCUUGGUCGGGUAUCCCUUCUUCAAACUAUAAACAAAAGUGGAGCAUUUUUUUGCAUAGAAUUCAUGUGUUCUUUUCUCUCUCGUCCUACAUUGUACAUCUUUUUAGCUUUAUAGCCAUUUUUUCAUGUUGAUUGUCAGAAACAUUUAGUUAUAGCCAUGUUCUUGUUGUAUUUAUCACAGUUGUUGUUCUUGUUAGACAACAAGGGCUUUGCUGCUAAAUGAUAAUUACAGAUAGGACUAGGACCAUCCCUUUUCAUUUUUGGUCCCUUCAAAAGAAAAUGUUUUGUUAAAUUCCUGCCUAUCCACUAAAUAAUAUCCCACCCAUUUUAGGUCGAUGCUCAGAAUAAAAUGUCUAAGUAUAAAGUUUAUUGGAUGUACAUGAAUAAUAGACUAGAUGCUUUUGAAUAAAAUGUGUAACACAAGUGUUUAUUUAUGUCCACGAGUAUAAAGAAAGCACUAAGAUGACUUAUUGCUUGGUCCCAAUCUUUCAAAUUGUCAUUCGGGCCAACCAGAAUUUAUCCCCCUUUUCCUAAUUCUAAUAUUCAUUUCUAUCUAUAUUUUCUUACCCGAUGCUUUAGAUACAGGACGAAACCAUGAUUUGUUCUCUCAUACGUUCAUCGGCAUAAGCACAUUGUAUUAGCUCCUCCAAUA